UGGGGCGAAUGUCGGUUUGUCGCUCGAGUGGCUGCGUUACCUGGAAAGCUGAAGUGGCGGACGAUCCUUUGGCCGCGGUGUGGGCCGGAGAGGUAGAGGGUCUCUGCAGAAAUACUACUCGGCCUGCCGAACCCAGCUGAAUUUCAGGAUGACAGACACUUCUGAAGCUGUUCCCAACUUUGAAGAGAUGUUUGCCAGCAGAUUCACAGAAGCUGACAAAGAGUACCAGGAGUACCUGCAACGCCCUCCCGAGUCCCCGCCGAUCGUCGAGGAAUGGAAUAGCAGAGCCGGUGGGAACCAGAGAAACAGAGGCAGUCGGUUGCAAGAUAACAGACAGUUUAGAGGUAGGGAUAGCAGACGGGGGUGGCCAAGUGACAAUCGAUCCAAUCAGUGGCACGGACGAUCCUGGGGCAACAAUUACCCGCAGCACAGACAAGAACCUUACUACCCCCACCAAUACGGACACUAUGGUUACAACCAACGGCCUCCCUAUGGUUACUACUGAUGGAAACGUCAGCAGCUUUUUGUGAAAUCAUUUCCUCUGUUAACAUGACAAAAGUUUGUGUGUAUCUUCUGUUGGUCAUAGUUUUAUAUCUGAUUUCAGAAAGUGGAUUAUAAACUUUUUGGAACUUGUGACUUAAAAAAAAAAAAAAAAAAAAAAAAAGAUCUUACUAGAGAUGUGCUGGUUCAGUAUUCCCCUAAAAAGGUUGUGGAUUCCAUUGCCUGACUUCUACCUCAGAUUCUUCUUUGUUUCAUGACUUAAUAGUGCUUUGAAAUUGGUGUCUGUGUUCCUUGUUUGACCUCCAGGAGUUCGGUCUUUGUUUUACAGAGAAAUAAAAAUUAUAAAGUGGAAAAUGCUUGAUUUUACUUUGUAAGAUAAGGAAGUAUCCAUAUACUCAGAUUUUCUCAUUCCCAAAUUUUUACAGCGGUUACUACAGUCAACCCCCGAAUGCACAACUAUGCGCACUUGUAACGUGUUGUACAUGGCAUCAGCAGUUGAAGGUAAAACGACUGUAGAUGCUUCUUUUUGGCUUUCGUUGUUGUGACUGUGGUACUUUUUAUCAUUACUCCGGGUAAGAGUGAUGUCCACAAUCGCUUUGGUCUCUUUUUAGAGGAUGUCAGAAAUAAAACCUUGAACUGGGGAAGGGAA